UUCAAUUAAUAUCAACGCUUAUGAAACUGAGAGCUACAGCGAGUGAGAGUGAGAGUGGAGGAAGAGAGCACACACACAUAGAAAGAGUGUGAAGAUGCAAACGAAACAGUGAUUCCAAUUUCCAUUGCAAUGGCAUCGGUGCGUGAAGCUCCGUCGUGGAAAUUUCACGUGUUUCUGAGCUUCCGAGGAGAAGACACGCGCAACGGUUUUACGGACCACCUCUACGCUGCGUUUAGGGGACGCGGCUUUGCAGUUUUCAGAGACGACGAAGAACUCGAGAGAGGAGAAGUCAUCUCGCACGCGCUUCUGAAGGCGAUCGACGAGUCUCUGUGCUCCGUGGUGGUUCUCUCGCCGCACUACGCCUCUUCGCGGUGGUGCUUGGACGAGCUCCUCAGGAUACUGGAAUCGAGAGCGAAUUUCGGUCGCAACGUUCUGCCGAUCUUCUACGACGUGGAUCCCGCAGACGUAAGGCAUCAACGAGGAACUUUCGCCGAAGCUUUUGCGAAGCAUGUAGAGAGGUUUGGGAGCGAUGAGGUUCGGAUGUGGAGACAAGCGUUGAAGGACGUCGCGGCUUUGUCUGGCUGGACCUCUAAGGAUAAGCGAGAAACAGAACUCAUUGAAGAAAUUGUUGCAGAGGUGUGGAAAAACUUACAAAGUAAAUUGCCAUCCUAUGAUGAUGAACUGGUUGGAAUUGAUUAUAGGAUAAACAGCAUUUAUUCACUUUUAAGAACGAAUUCACAGGAAGUUCGCUUUAUGAGCAUAUGGGGCAUGGGUGGUAUUGGAAAGACAACAUUAGCCAGGUUUGUCUAUAAUAAAAUCCAUGACCAAUAUGAUAUCAGUUGCUUUCUUGAGAAUGUUAGAGAGGUUUCUAAUGAAAGAGACGGUCUGCUUUGCUUACAAAGAAAAUUGCUUUCCCAUUUAAAAAUAAGAAGCAUGAGAAUUGAAAGUUUGGACCAAGGAAAGGAGACAAUACGGAAUCUUUUAUUCAAUAAGAAAGUUCUUCUUGUCCUUGAUGAUUUAAGUUCUGAUAUCCAAGUGGAGAAUUUAGCUGGGAAGCCAGAAUGGUUUGGUCAAGGGAGUAGAGUAAUUAUAACAACUAGAGAUAAGCAUCUACUUAAAUCACUUCAUGUGUGUGAGAACUAUGAUGUUCAGGUCUUGAAUAGUUAUGAAUCCCUUCAACUUUUUUGCCAAAAAGCGUUCAGAGGAGAAAAGCCUGAAGAAGCUUACUUAGAGUUGUCUAGAUCUGUGGUCCAAUAUGCUGGAGGUGUUCCUUUGGCACUCAAAGUGUUGGGUUCAUUUCUCUGUGGAAGAAGUGCUUCCAUAUGGGAAGACGCUUUGAAAAUGUUAAGGAAGGACGCACAAAAUGAUAUUUGCAAGACUCUAAGAAUAAGUUAUGAUGGAUUACGAGAUAAUGAGAAGGCUAUAUUUCUAGAUAUUGCUUGUUUUUUCAAAGGAAACACCAAAGAUGAUGUAACACGAAUAUUGGAAAAUUGUGAUUUCAAUCCACUGAUCGGUAUAGAAGUUCUAAUUGAAAAAUCAUUAGUAACUUAUGAUGGAUUGCAUUUGGGGAUGCACGAUUUGCUUCAAGAAAUGGGUAGGAAUAUUGUUCUCCAACAAUCUCCUAAUGAUGCCAGCAAGAGGAGUAGGCUGUGGACACUCAAAGACAUUGAUCAAGUAUUGAGAAAUAACAAUGGAACCGAAUCCAUUCAAGCUAUAGUUUUAAAUUUGCCUGAGCCUUAUGAAACAUGUUGGAAUCCGGAUGCUUUUUCAAAGAUGAGUAAUCUAAGAUUGCUCAUGAUAUUGAAUAAACUGCAACUUCCGCUUGGUCUCAAAUGUCUUCCCAGUGGAUUAAAAGUUCUUGUGUGGAAGGAAUAUCCUCUUGAAUCCCUGCCAGUUGGAGCCCAACUGGAUGAACUCGUUGAGCUUCAUAUGUGUCAAAGCAAAAUAAAACACCUUUGGGGAGGAACAAAGUUUGUGGAAAAUUUGAAGAUCAUCAAUUUGAGAAAUUGCAAUAAUCUACACAGAACUCCAGAUUUCACUGGAAUUCCAAAUCUUGAAAAAUUGGAUCUUGAAGGCUGUGUAAACCUUGUUGAGGUUCAUGCAUCUCUUGGACUUCUUAAAAAGCUUUCGUACCUGACAUUUGAAGAUUGCAGAAAUCUCAAAAUCCUUCCGAGAAAAUUGUUAUUAGACUCUUUAAAUCGUCUAGUUCUUUCAGGCUGCUCCGCAGUUAGAAAUCUUCCUGAGUUUGGAGAAAGUAUGAAAAGUCUAUCCGUGCUUGCUUUAGAGGAGACUUCCAUAGCUGAACUACCUGUGUCUGUUGGUCACUUGACAAGUCUUACUAACUUGCUUUUAGAGGGUUGCAAAAAUAUUGUGCGCCUUCCAAAUACCAUUUCUAAUUUGAAAUCUCUCAGAAGGCUCAAUAUCUCCGGUUGUUCAAAAAUUUCUAAACUGCCUGAUAAUUUGAAUGAAAAUGAGGCUUUGGAAUCUUUAAAUGCAAGCGAAACUGCUAUUAGGGAAGUGCCUUCAUCCAUUGUUCUUCUAAAAAAUCUCAGACUGCUUUUAUUUCGUGGAUGCCAAGACCUAGCAUCAAACUCAUGGAGCUCACUUCUCCCUUUUGAGAAGAUUCUCCGGUUUAAUAGUCAUCCAACAACAAAGAGAUUGGUCUUGCCUUCUUUUUCUGGUCUAUCCUCAUUGAGGAAACUGGACUUGAGUUAUUGCAAUCUCCAUGAUGGAUCAAUUCCUGAAGAUCUUGGCUGCUUAUCAUCAUUGGUAACAUUAGAUCUAAGUGGAAACAAUUUUGUAUGUUUUCCUGGUUGUAUCUCUGAACUUUUGAAGCUAGAAAGACUAUUAUUGAAGUGCUGCCCGAGGCUGGAGUCAUUUCCUAAGCUGCCACCAGAAGUACAUUAUGUAAAUGCAAGUGAUUGUGGUUCAAUGAAACCUUUAUCAGAUCCGCAACAGAUAUGGGGUCAUUUGGUCUCAUUUGCCUUUGAUAAGUUGCAAGAUGCCAGUAACUUCAAAACCUUAUUGGUAAGUCCAGGAAACGAAAUUCCAUCAUUUUUUUUCUAUCAAAAGCAUCUCAACCAAGUCCAAGACAUAGAAUACUUGAAAGAAAACUACAUCUGGGCCGACUCUACUGUGUCAAUACCGAUGGACAUAGCUCCACUUCGUCACCGGUAUCAUAGAAGUGAAUGGUGGGGAAUUUUGGUUUCCCUAGUUGUAGAAGAUGUGGAGUCUUCACCUUCACAGGAAUAUCGCAUUGGUUGGAUUUCAAAGGUUCCUAGUCUCAAAAAUAUUUUGCAGCAGUUGUGUCACAAGACAGAGCAGGGACUCAUCUCUGGAAUCCAAAAUCAUAAAUAUCCUCACCUGUUGAUUUUAUAUAUUCCGAUUUAUAGGGCUCGCUGGUUUUAUGUUCAUGACAAAUUUCAAUUAAUAUUUUACUCUUCCAGUCUCAAGAGCAAAUUAGUGAUAAAGAAAUGUGGAUGGCGCAUAUUAUGUAAGGAAGAUGCUGAAAACUGGCGCACAAACCUGUCUGAAUGCAACACUAAUUCCGCCAAUCAAUGUGUUGCAAAUCCAAGGGACGGUCGCUUAUCUCCACACUUUUCAUCCUGGAGAUGGAUAUCCCGUCUCAAGGUUCCCCAACACUGCAAGACUUUCCUCUUGGCCAUCCUCUGUGAUCGCUUGCCCGCUAAUGAAAGGUGCUCAUUCUGCUGCUUGGAAGGGACUGUCAUCCAUGUUUUACGAGACUGUACCAGAGCUACUGCAAUCUGGGUUCAAAUGGUUCCUCCUGAGGUGUGUGAUGAGUUUUUUUCAACAUCUCUUCAUGACUGGAUGCACAGGUUCCUUCUGAAGCUCUGGUUUCCCGACAGGGACUAUUAUGCUGACUGUUUGAGGUUUACCAUCACGAUCUGGCUACUUUGGAAGGAUAGAAAUAGUUCCAUCUUCAAGCGAAAUUCUCCAACUCCAACAGAUAAUGAUGGAUUGUAUUCUCUGAUUCAGUCUCUAGUAAAAGAAUAUGCAAUUCUUUUGCAUCUGAAAGGGGAAGAGGGUACUUCUGCUGCGAAUUCUCUCUCCCAGAACUCACGUCUAAAACUUUUUGUGAAACUGAACGUGGAUGGCUGUUGUAAUGGCAAUCCUGGAAAUGCUGGUUAUGGGGGUCUCUUUCGUGACGUAGAGGGGAAGUGGCUUGGUGGGUUCUAUGGAUCUCUUGGCCUUGCAACGAAUGUGAGAGCUGAGCUUUAUGCCAUUUGUCAGGGUUUGAUCGCAGCUUGGGAUUUGGGUUACAGAACCAUGCUGGUUGAAACUGACUCAUUAGAAGCAAUAAAUCUCAUUAAGGAAGCCAAUAUUGAGGAUUGUGCCUACAGUGGCUUGCUUGCUGACAUACGUUCCCUCAUGCAAAGAAAUUGGUCCUUGGACUUGAUCCAUUCUCUUAGACAAGAUAAUGCAUGUGCAAACAUGUUAUCAAAGCUGGGAGCUGAGCAGCAUGAGGUCUAUUGCUUCCUGGCUCAUCCACCUCAGCAGCUUCAACCGGCAUUGGUGGCUGAUGCCCUGCAAGUUCAACUUCCUUGCCUCUAGUUCCUUCUUGCUCUUUCACCUUAUUCUUGGGAUGAAUUACAAAUUGGUGUGUGAGUGGAUCUAUUAUUUGCUUUUUUCGUUUAAUUAACCGACGUAGGAGUCGAGGUGCCGAUAGUUAUAUCACAGGUGAGUAUAUCUUAGCUGGGAAUUCUACCUAUCUGUGGGUCAAUGAUGAAAUGGUAUAACCUUUUUCUCAGGCUUACUCGAGUAUUGAAUUGGAAAAUGAGGCAAUUAAUAAACUUCAUUCCUUCAUAUGUUUAUGAAUAUUUAAGGUUUAUAAUAUUUUUCGUGUUCAGAUAUUUUUUAAA